UUUCAAGUCACCAUUCUAAACGUUUCUAGAAAUUCCAUAUUAAACUCCAUAAGAAACACCAAAAUAAACCCAAAUAUUCCCACCGAAACAGGGUUUUACUCGAAAAGCUUCAAGAUUCUCAAUCGUGGGAAGUAGUUUUUCACCACCUUCUCCCUGUCAAAUCCCGCCGACAAACCCUAAAAACCACCAUGUCUUCUGAUAAACCUCCAACCCCUGAUGCAGAGCCCACCAUAGAAGUGCCUAAAACCCUAGAAAAUGAAAACCCAAAUCAAGAAUCCACAGAUCCAUCUCUAUCACACAAAGAAGACGUAGAUCAAGAGGCAGAAGAGGAAGGAGAAUGUGGAUUUUGCCUGUUUAUGAAAGGGGGCGAGUGUAGGGAAACAUUCAUCAAUUGGGAAAAGUGCGUUGAAGAAGGCGAGAAGAACAACGAAGAUAUCGUGGACAAGUGUUUUGCUGCUACUUCGGCUUUGAAGAAAUGUAUGGAGGCUCAUCCCGAUUACUACGGAGUGAUUUUGCAAGCAGAAAAGGAUGCUGAACAAGAAGUUAGUAAUCAAUUAGAUCAGGAGAAAGAACAUCUAGCAGCAGCAGCUGCAGUUUCUAAUUCAGGGGAGCAGCAACAGAAGCAGGAUACUCAAUGAUUUUGCAGAGAAAUUUUGAGGUAAAUUUAGGAGAAAAAAACUGAGAAUCAAUUACAUGAUUGGAGAAAUAAAGUGUUACUAUAAUUCAAUUCAGCAUCAUUUAUAGUUUAUAGAGCCAAAUGAUUGAUUGCUUGGCUAUCUUGUUUAACUUUGUUAUGAGUUCUCCCCAUGAAUUUUGAUUCCCCCAAUUUGAUGAUGCUAAUACAGGCAAUGUUAGAUUACUCUGGUUUAUGCCAAACUUCAUGGCUUUGAAUUUUGAUAUAAUGCUUGAUUUGGGGAGGUGAAAUCUGUUUACAUCAGGAGAUUGAUUUCUUCUUAUAUCAACUGUUUUGUAUUUUAUGAUUGAUUUGGUUUUAUGAUA